AUGGAGGUGAAAGGAGUAAGGGUUAAGGUUCUGGGGAGGGGAUCGUAUGGGGUUGUACAUUUGGUCCAAACAGUAGGUUAUGUUCCUCAGUUUUAUGCUGUUAAAUCUGCUGAUGAGACAAUAUCGUCGUCUCUACGAAAGGAACAUCAGAUCCUUCAACAGUUUAUCGGAGGCAGCCUGUUGGAUUUGAUGAGGGAGUAUGGAGGUAAAAUACCUGAACGAGAUGUUAAGUGCUAUGCAAGGAUGAUACUGGAAGGGCUGGUCGACAUUCACAAGAAAGGAUGCAUUCAUUCUGAUCUCAAGCCAGGUAACAUUCUGGUUUUUCCUCCUCAAGAUAGUAUUGGCUUGAAUACUUUAAAGAUUGCGGAUUUUGGGUUAGUUAAACAAUAUGGGGUAGAAGAUAAAAGGAUUUGGGAAUAUGGUUUUCGAGGCACAGCAAUUUAUGUCUCCUGA